CAUUUGCACAGAAGCGUGAUGGACAGCUCUACACUAACCCUCUACAACCAAGCGAGCAUCAACCGUUGUUGUAAUGAGGAGAAGGGAGAAAGUUGCAUCGGUAUAUAAACUCUUGGCCGUGACUUUGAAAGUAUCAAAGAGACGGUGAAACGUACGGUGAGAGAACGGAUUUGCGGGAGUGCUACAUUCGCGCAAGUCAUUUGAAGACAAAGAUGAAACUUUUUAUAUUAGCCAGUAUGGUGGCUGCUGUAUGGGCCGGUUACGAGGAAGACCAUGGUGGUUCUACCUAUCACGAAACUUCUAAAGCCGUGGAAAUACCGAUCUAUAAGAAAUACGCUAUACCGAUUCCACAUCCAGUACCAGUUGCUAUACCGCAGCAGAUUAAAGUACCGAUACCACAACCGUAUCAAGUAGAGGUACCAGUGCCACAUCCGGUGCCUGUGGAAGUAGUUAAGCACGUUGAGAUUCCUGUAGAAAAGCCUGAACCAUAUGUGGUUGAAAAGAAGGUACCGUACGUAGUCGAGAAACCUUAUGCAGUAACAGUCGAGAAACAUUUUCCAGUACCAAUACCAAAACCAUAUCCGGUCCAUGUGCCAGUUUAUAAGCAUGUUUUCCAUCAUCAAAGUAAAGGACACGGUUGGAAACAUUGAUGUGAAAUGACACGUAAACUCGACGAAUUUAUUGCCAAAAAAAAGAGUAUAUGUUAAUUAAAUUAAAAUAAUGAAAGAAAAGAAAAAGGAUUUAAAAAAAAAAAAGGAAAAAAAAAGA